GUCUCACAGUGAUGUAACCCACUCUAAACCCCAGUCUGUGUUGUUCCUGCAGUGUUUGUAGAGAUUGUUGAGAUGAAGGCUGAGGCCUGUUGUUGCUUGAAGAGUCACAACAGAAACCGUGAGUUGAUGGUCUAAUCCCCAUUUUUGAAAAACUUUAUGAGACCAACUGUGGUUCACAGAGAAACAGGCAGGCAGACUCAAGUCAAAUGUCACAGGGAUUAACUACAAACCACAAAUUCUCUAGAGAACUUUGGCUCUUGGUCCUCUGACCUGCAGGUCAAGAUCAUUUUCUAAUCUAAACUGGGUGGAGUGAUGAAAAUAUAUAUUCACUGCUCCCACCUUCUCAUAUCAGAACUUCCUCCAUCAACACAAGAUUAUUGGUUAGUUAUAUCAUAGUGAAUGGAUUGCACACCAGUCUACAGCAGCUCCAAGCCAGUCUACAGCAGACUUUUCAGUGUGUGAAACUCAUUCAUUCAUUAAAAUGCAGUGUUGAAGCUGUUGUGUUUACUCUGCUAUUAUUGCUUAUGAUGACUUUUAAAGCUAAAUCAGUCCACCUAUUUUCAGAUAUAACACUGUCAUGCCAUCUAACAUUGUAUAUGAGCCAUGGACGUGUUUUAUUUAAAAAAAAAUAAAUCAGUUUUUCACUGCAGUUUCAAAAUGUGAAGCAGCUCACAUCUUAUUACAGAUCUGACUCAGUUCAUAUGCGUUUGAAACAAACAAACAAACUUUCUCUAAGAUGUCUUGCUGGUUGGGGAAACGGUGCCUCCGCGCCACUUCCUGGUGGGAACCAAUGGCUUGAUUUCAUCUUAAAAGUCAAAGUGUGUAACAGAUGUUAUUAAAUUAAAUCGUCUUCGAACAUGUUUCAUGUGGUCAGCUCACUUACACUUUGCCACAUAUUUUAAACAGACAAACACUGUACUAAAAUAAGCCGUUAAUCAUUCUUUUCUCCCAGCCGUCGCUUGUCAUGGUGCUCAUCUCUCCUGUGUUCCGCAAACGCAGCAGGUCAGGAGGAGUUCAGACACACACACACCUGCAACAGACAAUAUUUAUGGACGCAAAUAAGCUGGUUGCUGAAGCCCAGAUGCUGGAGUCCAGUGGGGCGGCAGAGGAUGGAGACUCCUCUGUUCCAGUCAAGACAGUACUAGUCCCAGCCAAAUGUGGGCCAGUAAGUGCUGCGCAGCCCCCACUCACUGCUGCCACUGUCUCAAAGACUGACUCUGUCCCUGGCCCACCUAAAGUCAUCCCAACUGGUCAGAGCCACCAGCCUACAUCCUCUACAGUUACAGCUGCAGUCCCAGGGCCACAGACAACCUCUCCCCCUGUCAUGGUGGUAGCAAAGCUGGCUACCUCGGGGGUAGUGAGUGCUAAUGGCCAGCUACAGGUAACAAAACCACCUCUAAGUCAGGUGACCUCCAUGAACCAGGCCACGACCCCAGGAAGGACGGUGGUGAUAACUGUACCCAGAGUAGCAGCUCCACAGCCGGUCGCUGUGGCCCCUCGACUGCCACAGACUGCUUCAUCACAGCUCCCAGCCAACAUCCACAUACCACCAGGUAUGAUGUUGAUCCGCAGUGAUAGUGGACAGCUGAUGCUCGUAUCCCAACAGGCUUUGGCACAGGCUCAGCAGGGACCAAGAGCUGCCAGUGGUCAAGCAUCCAGAAUUGUGGCCCAUCAGGUGUCUGCAGCAGCUGGAAGUAAAAGCAAUGAGAAAGUGACAGUGAUCAGGAUGACGGCUCCACACACUUUCCAGCCCGCACCAGUCCAGAAGACUGCUGUGGUAAAGGUCAUUGGUGUUGCUCCCAAACCAGCUGUAGUCCAUACCCUGAGUGCUGCGUCUGAGCGGGGGAGCCAGCCCCGCAUUCAGGCCCCUGUCACAGAAACCAAAAAGGAGCCUCCACCUACGUUGAGUCAGGAGACCCUGGAAAGUGUGAAAAAAUGCAAAAACUUCCUUGUAACUCUGAUCAAGCUGGCCUCCAGUGACUCCAGGUCUGCCAACAUGGCCAACAACGUCAGGGGACUGGUCAGGAGUCUGCUGGAAGGGAAGCUCGAAGCAGAGGAGUUCACAGAACAGCUGUAUCAUGAGUUGAAGUCGACUCCACAGCCGUGCUUGGUGCCGUUCCUCAAGAAAAGCCUUCCUGCAGUGCGUCACCUCACUGCAGACCCUGAGUUAUUUAUUCAGCAGGCCUCAACUUCUGCCCACAGCUCCAAUACCUUGUCUCACACCAUGAAGCAGUCCAUCACUGACACAGGUCAAAACGUCAAGACCAGCCAGCAGGUUAUUCAGCUGCCUCGAGGGAUGAUUCUGAGACCUGGGACGACUACAUUUGCCCAGUCCAGAAAUUACAUAUCUAAGAGCAUCAGACCCAACCUCAAGAACACUGUGGUCCAGUCAGGAAAACACCUCACAGGAACGUUUUCAGUGAAACAGCCUUUCACUCAGGAUCCACCUCGCUCUACCAAGCUUGCAUUCAAGGACUGUUCAGGAUCUUACAAAGAAGAUGAUGACAUUAAUGACGUGGCCUUCAUGGCUGGAGUCAACCUGAGAGAGGAGAAUGCACAGAUCCUGACCACCAUGGUUGGCUCUGUGGUGCAGUCAUGCCAGGAUCAGCCCUUCCUCACACCCAACCCAGUGCUCAGUCGAAUCCUUCAUACAGGGCAGGCACUGGGAGUAACAGAUGUUGGUCCAGAGGUGGUUGCUCUGGUUUCUCAUGCUACUCAGGAGUGUCUCCGUGGACUGCUGGAAAGGCUCACUGAGAUGGCAGAGCAUCGCAAGGCAGCCCCAAAGGAGGACCUGUGGUACACCAAAGUGAGCGAUGUACGUUCUCAGCUUCGCUUCCUGGAGGAAGUGGAGAGUUUGAACAAGAAGAGGAGGGAUGAAGAGGAGAGAGAGAGACUGCUGCGUUUGGCCAGAAGUCGCUCACACACUGAGGAUCCACAGCAUCAGCAGCUCAAGCAAAGAGCCAAAGAGUUACAACAAAUAGAAGCAGCUCAGCUGCAGCAAAGAGAGGCCAACCUCACGGCCCUGGCUGCCAUCGGGCCUCGCAGGAAGAGACCUCUGGAGCAGACUGAAAGCCAGGUGUCACUGCUGUCCAGACUGGGUGUUCACAGAGUGACGCGGGUGAUGCUGAGGGAUUUGUUGGUGUGUAUGGAGCAGGACCGCUUCCUUCGACACUCUCUCACUCUGUACAAAGCGAUGCUCUGAUCAUUUCAGUUCUCUAUUCUAAUAAUAAUCAGUUAGUGUUUCCCACGUUUUGGCAUUUUUGUUUUUGCUCUUUGUUUUAGUUGUAUUUAUUAUCUGCUGUUAGUGUAGUGUAGUGCUGGACCAGUGAUGAUAAUCAGAUGGUCUUUAAUGGCACUCACGGUUUUGGUUGUGAUGCUUUUCAGAUGCAGAAAUAAUGAACCUGUGAGUAGGAUUUUAAAGAUAAGAACAGAGGAUAAGUGCCUGUUUACUGGAAGUGUUGAGUAGUUGAAUUCUCAGCUGGAUUUUGAGUUUGUCAUUAUUCUGCUUCUUUUUUGUUUGACCAUUAAAAAAAGUUAUAAA